CUAACAAUGAGGUUGAGGUUCUAAAGUAUUUUUAAAAGGCAUUUGGAUUGCGUAGGCUUCUUAAAAUCUGCUUAAGAUGGCCUGUAUACUGCAUUAAACCUCUUAGUUAGUUAGGCGCCGAGACAACGCAAUUAGGUUAUAUUUUAUUGAAUUCUUAACCAUCAUAGAUAUUAGAUAAUGCUGAUGUGUAUCGUGUAGAGAAAUAAUAAAAUGUGUCCUUGUUCAGCAUGUAAGUCGGAGUUAAGUUUGCAGUCGGGCUGUACAUGUAGUCUGAUAAAUUAAGGAUCGGUUACAAGAGUUUUGAAAUGGUCGGCCACCAAUAUAGCUAGCAAAUGGAGGUAACAUGAACAGAACAAAACGGAAUAAAACACUGAGAUCGAAGUAGAACAUGCAGAACAGAACAGAAGAAAAGAAAAGGAAAUUGGAAACGGGGAAAAAAGAAAAUAGGAAGAGAAACAAAGGAGAAUUGAAAGACAUGAGCAGAGAAGCCAAAAGAAAAGAAGAAAAAAAGAAAGAAAGAAAGAAAAGAAAAGAAACUCAAAGAGAAGAGAAGAUAUACGACCAGAAAAACUAAUAAAAAUCAAAAGGACGACGUAAAACUACAUGAAUCGAAUUGAAAAAAAAGAAAGGAAACGCUAUCUUUUACUUUAACAUCUGCCAAUCUAUUUGUCCUUUACAAGCCAAACAAAGGAAAUGGAUAAAAGCCGGCGGCCUUAUUCAAAAGAAAUAUGAAAUCUCAUGAAUACAAGAGAUAGAGAGUUUCUAGAGAGUUCCAUCAACAUUACUUGAUAUAUAUUGUUGGACUUUUAGCAGAAGGCACAUCACAAAUUUUAAUUAACUUUUUAUUUUAAGUUGAGUUCAAAAUCCAAGAGAGAAAGGCCUGCUUUGAUAUAGCCAUAUUCAAAUGACCAAAUUAAUCAUUACUCGUGGCGGAGACUUUUCUUAAUCUAGUUCUUAUGAUUUCUUUUCGCGACAUUAAAAAUCCGAUUAUAAAUUUGAUAAUCCCAUUAGCUUUAUAUUAUAUUAAUACUACUCCUUAUAAACUCUGAGUACCAAAGGAAACUGUACUGACUAGAAAAUAAAACAAAAUGCAAAGAUUUUUUUUCUUUCUCUCUUUUUGUUUUUGAUUUUUUUAAAAAAAUUAGCCAAAUAUAAUCCUAUAGCCAGGACUUGUUAAGAAUCACAUUCAGAAUUUUUUUGUACUCAUUGGUUUUAUUGGUUUCAUGGGCCAAUUAAAUAAAAGUUGUACUAUUCAUUUAGCUAUUUAUAUUAUUCAUUUCCGCUGAGUGGAAAAAGCUAGAGGGUUAUUAGGAAACACAGCAAUAUAGUUUGGAGAAGUAGGUUUGGGUGAUGGAAGCCGAGCGAUCAACACUCCUAUCGCCGAUGAAGGUUUCUUUUCUUCAACGUCUCUUGGCUGUUUGGCUGUUUUUUACGCUGCUGAAAGUUAACUGCUUCUGUCAUGGCGCCGAGCACGGUAGGGUUGUGGUGCACUAUAAUCAAAGUUUUAACCACUACACUACAGCAGACAGUAAUGCUGCGAAGUCCCUUAGCAAUAAGCAGACGACUUCCAAGGGUUUCAACAGACAGCAUCAAAGAAAUUCUGUGCAGUUUGAGACUCCAAGCGACACAAGUAUACAUGUAUCGACAAGGAUCGCUGCACGUCGCGUAUUGAGUGCUGAGGAGACUUCAAGCCACCCAGAUGUGAAGGUGUUGGGUAUGGCCCUGGUUACGCACCAUCAUAAUCUACCGACUGCCCAAAAAGUACCGACGAUCAAAACAAUCUAUCGUGGAUCAAGUGCUGAAGAGACUGCAAGCCAUCCAGAUGUGAGGGUAUCUGGUAUGGCCCUGGUUAGGCACCAUCAUAAUCUACCGACUGCCCAAAAAGUACCGACGAUCAAAACAAUCUAUCGUGGAUCAAGAGCUGAAGAGACUGCAAGCCACCCAGAUGUGAGGGCGUCCUAUAGUACCUUAGCUCUGACUAGGGAUCAGAAUCCACAUACUGUCGAAAUUCACUCAAAACCUAAAGGAAGUGAACAAAUACACAGGACAAAGAAAAUCAAAACGGUGCAAGAAAACAAGCUAAUAUAUUUAGAAAACAACUUGAAAAGAAGCUUCAAAAAACGACAAAAAAGAGAAAGUACAAGUCAAUUAACCUGCAAGUUUCCCAGCUUUCUGGAAACCUCGCCACUCUGUUUGGUAUCUAAACUAAUCCCUGGAAAAGUGUGCAAAUGGUUUCACACCCGGCAAGAUAAGACUCCGCUUUUUCCUUUCCCAAACAUUGUCCCACCCUACCACAAUUGGGAGUUACAGGGUAGUGCGGCUCAAAUGCGCAAUAUGAACAAUAGAUAUCUUUUUGGCUGCAUCCAGAAAUACAGCAACAACCAUUAUCUAGUCAAAAUUACUGGCAAGUUUAAAGAAAUUGGAGAACGAUACCAUCACUACACUCGUUUCCUUUGCGUGAAAUUCGUUCCAAGAGGUCUCAAUGUCGUCCAGUACAUGGUAUCCAAAAGCAGCAACGUAUCUGAGGACUUGCACUGUGAUACACAGAAACUGAAAUAUGUUGAACAGGUUCUGAUUGCUGAUAAAUUUCGGGAGCUACCUGAUUGUCCACGUGAUCUCCGUGGGGCAUUUAGAAUUACGCGGGUUCACGAUGCUGUUCACAACGUCACAUGUCACUUGAGUCCCCUCAAAGCAAGUCUUUUGGAAUCAGAUUGUGUGAAUAAAGAAGGCAUAUAUUUGGACUUCAGUGCGUUUCGUGGUUGUGAUGGAUUUAAUAACGAUACUAGUGGAGUAAUGUAUGCUAGGGAUAUCGUAUAUCUGCGGUGUUAUAGCGCAUCAUGGAAGAAAGGUGGUUGGAAUUAUGUUGUGGUUAAGCGCGACAAAACGAAAAAGAAAAUUGGCUACAGAAACACCGAGAUGUUCCAUUGCCUACGAUUUAAGAAGGACCAAAUAACAAACAAUAUUAAGCUUUUUAUAUACUUUGAUUCUUUAUGCGGAUUCAGUGACAGCCAUAUCAAGAAUUCCACUCCUUAUUUUGUGUUUGAUAUAGUGCCUCUUACAUCUUCCUUGCUAUCAAACGCCAAAAAAACUGAGCUAGAACAACUGAGAUGCGACUUGCCUAAAGCUAUUUUGGGAGAGUGGAUUGAAAAAUCAGCUUAUUCUGGUGAGCAAACAAUCAGAAUUGGAAAACAAAACAUAGAACUGGGACAAGAAGGAAAGUAUAUGUGUAUGCAGUCCGAUAGAGGUCAGGGAAUCAAAUAUCUAUUUCCUACAAGCAGAUGUGUCAAAAGAACCUGGAUGGAACGAAGGAAAGUUUCCCAUUUCAACAAUAGCUUCAUGCUUAUUUCUGCUAACUUGCCCAUUGGUUGUCGUCCACGAUUCGUGGGGUUCUCUGUUUUACAGAGCGAAGCUACUAGUAGCAUUCAUCUUACGUAUCGUCUUUCUCAAAGUAUUGCGUUACCAAUGGAGUCUAUUCAAGAUCCCAUGCUGUUUGUUCAAAACUCACUCCCAGAAAAGUUCUGCAACAAAAGACAUCUCUUUAGAUUGGAUCCUUAUCCUCGCUGGGGUCGUAACAUUGAAAAGAUCGCUGUUCGUCCAAAUGCCUUGGAAAGUAAUCAACCUUUGCUGGACUGCAGAUUCCAGGGACCUCUUCCUAACAUGUUUUCCUUUUCCGGAAAGCUUCGCGUUAAUGUUAUUAAUGGUGGAAUAAAAAAUUCAAGGUGUCCUGGAAGAAUCAACAUCUGCUCAAGUCCGACUCAAAUCCAUCUUCAGUAUGAUGUGACGUGCAGGAAGAAGGAUGCAAGCUAUGGCUGCCUUGGGAAGGUAUGGAAUACCAAACAGAAACGGGGACAAGAUCAUUAUUUGCUGCAAGACUUGCAUACACACCAGAUUUAUUGCGCUCGAUCGUCGGAAAGUGGGUUUGAAAUAGUACGAGCAGCGUCUAUGCAGUGUUAUGAAUUUUACUGGGGACUAGCGGCCUUUCAACAACAGUUUCAUGAAAAAAUCGAUAUUCUUACUGAAGGUUUUAUGGAAUGUCCUACAGGAAGCCCUGGUGGCGCGACUGAUGCGACAGGUGCUGUCUUAGAAGGGGAUGUUACAGACCCUAACAACACACUUGUUCCCCUUAAAAAUAACACCAAAAUCAAGGCAGUCAGUACCUCACCAAAUUCAAUAUAUAGAGCAAAUAUUCUAAGUUUAAUAAUUACCAUCUGGAUUUGGUUGGAGUAUCUAUUACUUUAAUUUUCUCGACAUUUGCUUGCAUAGCGAAGCCAUGUUAUUAUUGAAACAAAAAAAUUAGACUAAGGCCCUGGAUAAACGAGGAAACAUGUCUCCAGGAACAUGUUUUCUUAAAUGUUUUUAAAGGUGGCAAAACUGUCAGGGAACAUCGGGAAACAUGUUUACUCAAUAUCGGUUAGCGCAUGCGCACUUCCAAGAUGAACCUAGCGUCGCUAAGUAACGAACUUUUAGAAUGUUGACUUUCGUGGCUAAACGAGGAAACAUUGGGAAACAUUGUUUCCAUGCGUCUUGGAAACAUGAAAUGUUUCUGCCGCACAGCAUGCAACACUAAUGUAUAAGACGAUGCAUAAGCGCGUGCCAACGUACAUCCAAAAUCUCUUUGAGCUGAAAAAACUUAAUUACAACUUAUGUAAUCAAAAAAAUACUUUUCAGUUCCUAAGCCACAUACUGAGUAUCUUAAGAAUUCUUUUUUUUAUAGUGGUUCUUCACUGUGGAAUAGCCUUCCGCAAUCUGUGAGAGAGGCAAAAACAUUGAAAAUGUGUUUUCUUAAUGUAAAGACUCCCACGGCCUACAUGUAAAGAGGUAUCUAAAGCAUGUAUACUAUAUAUCUGUAUUUAGUUAGCAUUUAUAUUAUAUAUUUUUAGCUGUAAUUGACUGAUGUAUUUUACCGUGGUUAAAUAAAGAUUCAGAUUCAGAA